CGGCCACCUUCUCAAAAUUGCCUGCCGAGAACCGAUGCUAUGCUCACCGGGAGAUGAUACACUGAUCGGGGGAGAUUCCCGGUGCCAGAGAUGGGCCAGAGAUGUAUCAUUCCAAACUCCAACAGACUGAUGUCAGUGAUGUCAGUGAGAAGCCUGCAUGAGGGCGUGAGGGCGUGGGGUUUUGCACAUCUUCCGAAUCCUGCCAAUUGCUCAAAGAUGAGACAAUGAGGAGCAAUGUUAAAUGUGCGAUUUAAAGGCCCAUUGGAAUUGGCAGUCAUGGUGGUCGUGAUAUAGAUAAUAAGAUCCUCUGGAGCAGGCUGGUGCCAUGUAUUGGGUAUAAAUGUCAUUCACCACUGGCGAUGUUUCUAAAGAUCAAAGUGCAGGUAGCCUAGGACAAUAUUGACCAAUAGACUAGCGUGACAACAAUGGCAGCGAAUGCAGAUUCGCCCCGACCAUCCAAUGUUGCUGCGCUGUUUGGCGAUGACACAGACUCCCAGCCCCUUUGGUUCAAAAAAGAUGCGUUCCUUGACAAAGACUUCGAUGCAGAGAUUUAUGUCACAGAUCUACGGAGGUUUGUGCCGUUGGACACGCUGCGGGCUGAGUUGAAGAGCCAUUUGACAGGCCUGCAAAAUGAAUUGGUGGAGCUGAUCAACAGGGAUUACACCGACUUUGUCAAUCUGAGCACAAAGCUGACGGACGUCGAUGGGGCAGUUUUGCGGAUGCGGAUGCCGCUCAGCGAGCUUAGAAACAAGCUUUUGGCUGUGCGGGACAGUGUAGCGGUGUCCCUGGACGCCUUGCAGGAGGGGCUGAAGAGGCGAGCGGAGACUUCCGCCGCUCGCGAGAUGCUCGAAUUGCUGCUUGAUACUUCUCACGUAGUCUCAAAGGUUGAAAAGCUGUUGCUGGAACUUGAGAGCGCCUCCGCCAACGGAGGUGCGGAGAAUGGAGCUUCUUCCAAAGCGAGUGGAGCACUGGGCAGGGACGGGUUUGGGGAAGGGGUGGGGACGGAGGAGGCACGGAGUAGGUUGUUGGAGCGCAUUGCCAGCGAGAUGAACAGGCUCCGGUUCUAUGUGGCCAGGGCUGCCGAGCUGCCGUUCAUCCAGAGCAUGCAGAAGCGCAUCUCCGCUGCGAGCGCCACCCUCAACAGCCACCUCCAGGCGUGCCUCGAGGGCGGCCUGCAACGCCGGGACACCGCUGUCAUCUACCACUGCUUGCGCGCCUACGCGUCCAUUGACAACGCCGCGGGCGCUGAGGAGGCCUUCCGGGCCGCUAUUGUCACUCCGUUUGUUGCAGAGCUCGUUCCAGGGGGCCAGGCGAAAGGGGCCGCGACGCUGACAGAUGUGUAUGCCGGAGUGCGGGAGCGUAUCGAGCGGGACUGCAAGUUCCUGCUGGAGAUCGUGGACCAGCCUAACUCGGGGCUCCACGCGUUCCACUUCUUGGCCAACUCGGUCCUGCGGGAGGUCCAUUCCGCCAUCUCCAAGAACCGCCCCGGCGCCUUUUCCCCGGGCAAGCCGGACGAGUUCCUGGUCAACUACAAGGCCAGCCUCUACUUCCUCGACAUCCUUGAAGGCUACUGCCCCACCCAGGCGCAGCUGCUCAAGUUCCGGUCCCAGCCCGCAUACGCUGACUUCGUGAAGCAGUGGAACCUGCCCGCCUACUUUUCGAUCAGGUUCCAGGACAUCGCCGAGUCGCUGGACAAGGUCCUGAUUGCCCCGGUGGCCCCCCUCGCUCACCCGUCCCCCGUGCGCGGCCCCGACGGCCGCCUCAGCCUGGCCCUGCAACCGAGCGCCGUGCUGUGGGACAGCUUGCAGCGCUGCUGGAAGGACGACAUCUACAUCCCCACCGCGGCCGACAGGUUCCUCCGGCUCACGCUGCAGCUGGUGGCCAGGUACACUACGUGGCUCCGAAAAGGCUGUGAGGCGCGGAAAACGGCUAGCUCGGAGGGCGGCGGCGAGUGGGCCAGGGUGGCCCAAGCCGAGGACUUCGUACUGGUUCGGCAUGAUGUGGAGGCCGUGGUACAACUAGUCCGGGGUCCGUUUGCGGCGAGCGUGGCCAGCAAGAUGGGUACUCUGCCAGCGGAGGCAGUGGAGUCCGUGCGGCAGACUGUUGCCUCGAGCGCAGAUGGGCUGGAGGUACAAGUACCCACAGUCACGGAGGUGGUCACGGAGGGGCUCGCAGACAAGUGUGUUGAGGUUGUGAAGCAGCUCAAGGGGAUCUCGGCGGCGUACAGAAUGACCAACAAGCAGCUGCCAACAAAGCACUCACCGUAUGUGACCCACAUACUGAAGAGCCUGAAGGAUCUUGUCAAUGGCGAGAAGGGGGUCUACCUCAGUGCUGAUGCGCGCAGUGAGGUGGUCAAUGUCGUGAUUGAAAAAGUCACGGCGCGCUUCGACGAGAUCGCGAGGGAGCUGGUCACCUCCGUCCGAAAAGCAGAGUCUGCUAUCAAGCGGCUGAAGCAGAGCGGCCGGGGACGGGGAGCCGGGGCGGACACCGGGGCGAGUGCGAUCUCGGACACGGACAAGAUGGUCGCGCAGCUCUUCUUGGACGCUCAAGAGUACGGUCGUCAGCUUGCUCACUUUGGCAUCAAGGCUGCCGAACUGGAGUCGUACCGGAGCUUGUGGCAGUGCGCAGCACCUUCUGAUCAACAAACUAUCAGCUUCUAAAACGUGUCCGUCUGUUACGACCACGGUAGCGCCCUUGUCCUUACUCGGGAUUCAAUGGCACUGGCUCAGGCUGCGUUUCAGUGAUCCUAUAGGCGUUCAUUCCAAAUAUACGACGCCUACACCACUCCUUACAUUCGGCCAUCUAGCUCGGCCGUAUUGAGAUCAGAUUCGCCUUUCGACACGCACGAAUCUGUGUUCCCUCAAGUAGUCGUGCUUGACCGACCCUGUGCCCAUAUCCAAGCUAGCGAGUUCAGCGGCGCCAUUAUUGCAGCUCGUUG